GGGUCAAUGGCGUUCGCGUCAUGGAGGGUUGCGCUCUAUGCAUCAUGUUGGUCGUCGUUAUAGUGGACAUUGUGAUGACAUUCCGCAGAUGUUGCAAGAAAAAGUGGUUCCUCGGUCUGAGCAUGCUCUGCCUGCUUGCAGACAUGUUGUCAAUCGCUUCUGUGCUGAUUGCCUACCAAUGCCGAAUGGAUCUCGGAAAAAUAUUCCCUAAUGAUCGUCUAUACACGGGGACAGAUGACUGGGCACUCUGGGCCUUCAAGCUUGCCUGUUUUAAUGUUGUAAUUGUCAACACCUCGGCAAUCGUCACAUUCUUGGCUAGGAAUUCAGGAAAUGAGAGGUAA